AUGGUCCGGGAGGCGAAGCGGCGGAUGGCCGAGGAGUGCCUGAGCUGGGCCGAGGGCCGCACCGGCGGCGUCGACCCGUUCCUGAUGACCUUCAACUACGAGUCCGUGUACGUGUCGGACUGGAGCAAGCUCGGGUUCGCCGACGUGGACUACGGGUACGGCACGCCCAUGUCCGCCGGCCCGCUGGUGAACUGCGACCUCAUCGCGUCGGUCAUCGUCAUGAGGGCGCCCGCGCCGCUCGCCGGCACGCGGCUUCUGGCCAGCUGCGUCACCAAGGAGCACGCCGACGAUUUCACCCGCAGGAUGCGGGAGGACCUCGUCUGA